AUGGGUCAGCAUGACUUUCGCCGAACUCCAUCGGCGACCAGCAGAGGACUGAUGACACUAACGGUGCUGCUCGUUCUGGGCAUCCUCAUCGGACAGGUCACCGGGCAGGACUCGGAGUUUGCGCCGCACGUCACGGCCACCUGCAAGUCGGGCACGAUGAACAUCCGGAUCCAGUUCGCCGGCCCGUACAACGGCGUGGUUCACGCGCGCGACUUCCGGACGCCGGCCUGCAUGGCGAACGGCAACGGGUCGGCCUCGCUGGCGCUCAGCCUCAACCUGCUGGCCAAGUCGGGCAACAGCGAGUACUGCGGCAUACUCAUCAGCAACGUGAGUGGUGGUGAUCGCACCGAGGAACGCUCCGUACAGCUAGCCGUCCGCGUGCACAAGACGCUCGAGCUGGCCGACGACAAAUUCUACGUUAUCACAUGCGGCAAAACAGGAUUCGCCAGGGAUGAUAGCGGUGCGGUAGCACUCAAGUUCCUGGACAACACUGGACGGCGCGUCCGGGAGACGGUUUACAAUCGGGAGUACACGGUCAAGGCGGAGGUGACCAACCCGAACGGCACCUACGGCAUUCGGGUGAAGAACUGUUUCGCUUUCAACAAGAAAAACAUGUCCGUGGCGCUGAUUGAUGAUCGAGGAUGUCCACUGCAGAACGACACGAUGACCCGGUUCCGGACGAAUGCGGACGGCACAAGCGCCACGGCAACGAUCAGUUCGAUGUUCAAGUUUGCCGAGGGCUCCGAGGUGCACUUCCAGUGUGACGUGGUGCAGUGCAACGGCCGCUGUCCGGAGUUGGACGAUGCGGUCUGUACCGGCGAUGCGAACGCCUUCGUCAAGUCGGCGCGCGCCCUCGGGCAGGUCGAUGAUGGUAUGCUGCUGGCAGCCACAACCGUGUUUGUGAUCGAUCCAGCUUUCGCGCCCGUGAUCUCCCCGAUUUGCGACGACACGGGCAUCCGCCCGCACUGGCUGCUGUGGUUGACGAUCGCGCUCGGCGUCCUGUUCCUGAUCAUGCUGCUUAUGAACAUCUUCCUCUGCACGGCCAUGAGCUGCAGCUGUGCCCAGACUGAGAUCAUCGAAAAGGAACCGUCGAUCAUCGAAGAGUACGAUCCGUACCGAAGUUGGCACGGGUCACAGUACGGAUCGCGUUACUCGCUCCACGGUGGUCGCGAGGGUGGACACAACAAGGGCUACACGAGCGGUGGCAGCACGAUCCACUCGAACCGAUCGCUGCCAAUCGACUCUGACCACUACGCGAUCGUGCACAGCCGGCCAGGCUCCCGGCAUUCCGGUCUCCACGGACACCGUCCCCGAGGACCGCCGAGCAAUAUGUAA